UGCAAUAGAACUGCUGGCCCAUCCUAACCAAAAACAUGGGGUCCAGGCUGAUGGUGUCGGGCCUUCUACUUCUGUCCCAGCUCCUUCUAGAAACGCCAUUGCUUCACGCAAACCCAGAGUCUGGAGCAUCCUUCUUUGGAGAUGGCUACGUGGAAAUGCCCUUGGCGAGCACUUACACCACCGUCCAGCUUCAUGUCCAGUUCUACUCUAGCCAACGCAGUGGACUCCUUUUCCUGGCUGCAGGGCAGACCGAUUAUCUCCUUCUGGAGCUCCGUGCUGGCAUUCUACAGGCCAGAAUGGACCUGGGCUCAGAAGAACUGACCGUCAAGUCCCCAGCAGGUCCCUAUCUCAAUGACCUCGUGAUCCACGAUGCCGACCUGUUGGUGGCAGAUGGGCAGAUGACCUUGAUGGUGGAUGGCCUCUUCAACGUGUCUGUGGAAAUCCCAGGGCCUCAGCAAGAGCUGGACAUUGAGUAUGGCCUCUAUGUGGGAGGAACAGGGAGCCUGGAACUGCCGUACCUCACCGGAGUUAGUGCACCCUUCAGAGGCUGUCUCCAUGCAGUGACAUUCAAUGACCGCGAUGCCCUCUCUGCCCUGGAAUCAGGCACCAAGAGAUCCCAUGGUGUCCGAGAGGGGUGUAGCGUCGAGUUCUCCGCUGGGCCUGAUGAUCCCCUUGGUUUCCUCGGACCAAACUCUUACAUUGCAUUCCCUGGCUGGAGUGCGAGAAAUGAAGGAUCCAUUGAGUUUGUGAUCACCACAAGCAUCAAGCAAGCUCCUCUGAUCUACCAAUCGGGACUGGAGAGUGACUUCUUCUAUCUGGAGAUCUUUGAUGGGCGUCUCAGAGGAGUGGUAGAGAAGGGGAAUGGUCUCGUGGUGCUCCACAACAACAUCUACCUCAGCAAUGAGCAGGACCACUAUGUCAAGGUCUACAUGGAUGUCCGGAGGUUUGAGAUCCUUGUCGACUACUAUGCCUCACAGACCUCCAACAAGGGAAUCCACAGUCACCUUGAUCUCCAAGGACCCCUCUUUGUUGGAGGUCUGAAUGAGAAGGCCGCUGCCAGGAUGAGAGAGCGUGGGUUAGCAUUUAUGUCUGGAAACAACUUCUCCAAUAGCUCCUUUGUUGGCUGCAUUGAAGACUUGAGGGUGAACCAGGAGAAAAGAAGCCUGCAAGAUGCUCUCAUCACUAGGGACAUAACAGCUGGCUGUGGGAAGCUAGAUCAAUACUCAGACUAUGAUGAUGUAUAUGAGCAAGAUGAGGCCACCACAAGCUCCCCUCUGGACAACUGGCAGGGCCCAGUCAUGGAGCCCUGCCGUCCUGACCCUAAUCUUCCUCCUGUCUUUGCUAACUUCACCAAACUUCUACAUGUCAGUCCUCUCGUUGUUGCUGAAGGUGGAACAGCUUUUCUGGAAUGGCGCCAUACCCAACCUACCAUUGACCUAAGCAGUGCAAACAUCCGGCAGUCUCAGGUUCUCUUCAGCGUAACCACUGACCCCAGGCAUGGAGAGCUGCAACUGGACCUCUCCCGGGUGAGGAGCAAAAGGAAGUUCACUCUAUUGGACAUUGUGAAUCGAAAAGUCAAGUAUGUCCAUGAUGGCUCGGAAGGACCUAUGGAUCAGCUGCUGUUGGAGGUGACAGUCACUGCCAGGGGAGGGAUCCCAGAGUGUUUGUGGCAGGGUCAGAUAUAUUUGCUGCCCAUUAAGAUCAACCCAGUCAAUGAUGCUCCUGAAGUCAUCUUCCCACAUGGAGAUCGCAUGGUCAUUCUGGAGCACACACGCAAGCAUCUCAACCCAGACAUUAUUCAAGCCCUUGAUGAUGAUACCCCCUGUGACAGCUUGAGGUUCCAGCUGCUUGGAGGGAAAAGAAUGGAAGAAGGUUACUUGGAAUAUGACUUCCAUCCUGGAGUCCCCAUCGAAGACUUUUCCUGCAGGGACCUGGAAGCAGGCCACGUGGUCUACGUCCACCAAAAUGGACCCACUUCAUCACUCAUUGUCCAGGUUGAUGAUGGCAUGAUCAUGAGCCCAGUGGCUACCUUGAGGGUGGUCGCUGUGGAGCCAGAUAUCCAGGUUCGCAACAACACAGGCCUCUUUGUCGCACAGGGGGGUGUUGUUCCAAUAACCACAGCCAACCUCUCUGUGGAAACCAAUGCAGUCCAGCAAAAAGUACCCAUCCUGUAUCGCUUGACUAUGCCCCUGCAGUAUGGCGAAAUCCAAAAGCAAGGGAGCUUGGGUGGAGAAUGGAAGAAAGUAGAGUCCUUCCACCAGCAAGAUGUGGAACAAGGACGUGUCCAGUAUUUCAGCACAGAUGAGGAGCACCACACAGAAGACAUGAUUGAGAAGCUGCAAUUUGUAGUCCAAGUGGGUCAAAAGACUUUGAAAAACAACACCUUCCUCAUCAGGAUUAAAAGGGCCACCAUCAAAAUGAAGACCAUAGUCCCUCUCCAAAUGAGAAAUGAAAAAGAGAGGAAUAUCACCACUGCUGAAAUGGAGCCAGCUUUAGAAGAGCAGGGUUCUAGCCCAGAGCCGUUCCACUAUGUAAUCGUUCAGCCACCCAGAAAGGGAAACCUUGAGCUCCGUGGAACAAGGCUGACAGAAGGCUUUGGUUUUACCCAGGAAGAUCUGCAAAGUCAUCAGCUGAGCUACAGUGCAACCAUCAGAGACUCAGAGGAGACUGAAGAUCUAUUCCAGUUCCGUGUCAUGGCUGGAGCUCACUACUCCCCUGUAUACACUUACAGAAUACAGAUUGGAGGAGAUCCUGAUGCCCCCAUUCUGACCAAUGUCCUCUUGUCUGUUUUAGAAGGAGGACAGGCCACCAUUUCCAAGGACCACUUGUUCAUCAAGAGUGCCAGCAAUGCCAACUAUCUGUAUGAGGUGAUAGAUGGUCCAACCCACGGGAAGCUGACCUGGAGAACAUCAGAGCAUUCGCCAUCCAGUGAGGAGGUAAUAACAAAAUUCACUAAUGAAGAUAUUCUCCAAGGCCAUCUUGUGUACCAGCAUGACGAUUCUGAGACAAUGGAGGAUGACAUCCCAUUUGUGGCCAUCAAGCAAGAGGAGGGAAGCUCUGACUUAGAUGCUGAGGAUGUGAGAGGUGUCUUCAGAGUUUCCAUUCAGCCUGUUAAUGACCACACUCCAGUCCAGAUGGUCACCAAGGUCUUUAAUGUGGUGCGGAAUGGGCAGCGCCUGAUGACCACCAAUGAUAUUGCCUUUGUUGAUGAAGAUUCAGGCUUCUCAGAUGCACAGCUGGUGUUCGUAAGGAAGGACAUCCUCUUUGGCAGCAUCAUCGCGGCUGACGACAGAAGCCGCCCAGUCUACCGCUUCACCCAAGAUGACUUGAGGAAGAAAAGAAUUCUCUUUGUCCACUCAGGGGCCGACCGAGGCUGGAUCCAGUUCCAGGUUUCUGAUGGCCUCCACCAGGUUGCUACCCUUCUGGAAGUCCAAGCCUCUGACCCUUACAUCAAGAUCAACAACCACAGUGGCUUAGUUGUCCACCAAGGCAGUCAAGCAACCAUUGACUCUUCUGUCCUCAGCUUGGAAACCAACAUGGACAUCAGGAAUGAUGAAGACAUCCUUUUCCGCAUCAUAGCCCCACCCAAGUGGGGAGUGGUGCUGCGAGAUGGACAAGAAGUGUCAUUUUUCACCCGGAAGGACCUGUUGGCAGGAGAUGUUCUUUACCAUCACCAUAACGGGAGCAGGAAUCCCCAGGAUCAAAUCCACCUCUCUGUUGAAGCAAACCAGGUGACGGUGGAGGAGAUACUGAAAAUCACAAUACAUCUCAAUUCCUUCCCAAACCCUCUGAACAUUGUUCACAAUGAGAGGAUCCACAUCCUCCAAGGAGAAGCUGUGGAGAUUAAGAGUGACUACCUGCUGGUUGAGCAUGAAGAGACAUCUCCCCAUGAGAUCAUCUACACAAUCACCAUCUCUCCCCUCUCAGGGUUCCUGGUGGCCUUAUCCCAGGGCCACACCUCAGAUGAACCCGCAAGCUUGGACCCAAUCCAGACUUUCACCCAGGAAGACAUCAAUGAAGGCAAGGUCCUCUACCUGCAUUCCAGCCCUGAGAUACAGAACGACCAGUUUACAGUUGACAUCACGGCAAAUGGGGCAGAUGCUCUCGAAGGGGUUGUGGUGGACCUGGAGAUCCUCCCUAUUUCCAUCCCACUAGAGGUUCACAACUUCACAGUGACUGAAGGGAGCAGCCAGGUGCUCUCCAUGGAUGUCCUAAAUAUACCCAGCACUUACUUCACGGCUCUUAAUGUGGAGUUUGUCAUCCUUGAAGCACCAGAGCAUGGUGUUUUCCAGAACGUGGAGAGACCAGAAGAAGAUGACUUGAGUGUCUUCUCCUGGUAUGAGGUGGAGCAUCAGCUUGUCCGAUACGUCCAUGAUGGGAGCGAAUCCUUGACCGACCAGUUCACAGUGGUGGCCAACGUCUCCAAGGUCAACCAGCAGAGCCAACCCAAGAUGGUUGCCAUCAACAUCAUCCCAACCAACGAUGAAGCACCAAUGUUGGUGGUCAACCUGGGACUGCAGAUCCAAGAAGGCGCCACUGCAGAGAUCACUUCUGAGCUCCUUCUAAGUGAAGAUGAAGACAACCCACCAGAGGAAGUGGUCUAUUCCAUCCGGAGGCCCAUCAAUGGGAAGGUGGUGUUGAAGCCAUCACCCAACCAUACGGUCCAGCGGUUCACCCAGGCCCAGAUAAACCGCCAUCUUGUUCAGUUCAUCCAUGAAGGAUCCCUGGAUGGAGGGUUUUCCUUUGAUUUAUCAGAUGGAGAGAACAUGUCUCCAGGGCAUUUCUUCGCUGUGAGGGCCCAAAAAAAAUUGUCUAUUGUUCUGGAAAAAAAGGAAGAUCUGACUGUCUGCCCAGGUGCUUCUCAGCCAAUAAGAAGCCAGAAUUUGAAAGCAGUGACCAAUGAGGAGGGAGAAACCCAAUCUCUAUUAUACAUCAUUGAACAACCUCCCCAGUUUGGCAAGUUGCUCAAUAGCCAGAAGGACAGCGAUGGAGAGCAGCUGAGGAACUUCACUCAAUCUGAGGUGGAUGCCGGAGUGAUAUCAUACUAUCAUGAAAUGCCAUCUGAGCCUUUCUGGAGUCUUGAGGAUGCUUUUCACUUCCACGUUUCUUCUCCAUCCAUAACGACGGAUCCAUACAUCCUUGGAGUGUCAGUAUCAUUUGAGAACAGCUGUCCCCAGCAAGCCACUCGGUUGUGGAAGAACAAAGGCCUCACUGUUCCAGAAGCUCAAAGCAAAGUGAUUGACGUCUCGCUACUGGAUGCUUCCAACCUCCUUGCCUAUAAAGAACCUGACUCCAAAACACCCUCCUAUGAUGUGGUAUUUCUGGUCACACAGCUACCUUCCUAUGGAACCCUGUCUGUCCCUGAUGGGCCGGUGAACAGAAAGCACCCCUAUUUCUUGCAAUCUGACAUUGCUGCAGGUGGGUUGGAAUAUGCUCACCAUGGACCUGGCACCAUGGUUGACCAUUUUCGAUUUAGUGCUUGGCUCCGGCAUAGCAGCGUGAAAUCAAUUCAGCCCCCACAAAAAGAAGAAGGUCCUGUCAUUUCUGGAACAUUCAACAUCACUGUGAGGGACAGUAAUGAGGUGCCACCGCGGCUGGUCAGCCAAGGACAUGUUCUACGGGUCCUUCAUGGUUCAUCUUUGAGGAUCUCCCAAGAGCACUUAAAUGUCAUGGACCCCGAUAGCUCCCCAGAAGAAAUUAAAUAUGACAUCCUUUCUGGGUCCUCCAGUGGUUUUGUGACCCAGGUCCAAAAUAAGCAGGUGCCUGUUACCCAGUUUACUCAAGCAGACAUCAAUGCAGGGCACUUAAUGUUCAUCGCCAAUGGAACUAGCUCUUCUGGAACCUUGGACUUUGCCAUCUCUGAUGGACACAAUCCAACUAUUUUCACUUCCUUGGAAAUCAUGGUUGUUCCAGCAAUUACCUGGGCAACAAAUCAGACGCUCUUGGAGAUACCACAGGGUCCGAACAUGGCCUCCUUGUCCCACCACCAUCUUUUAGGGACUUUGGACAAAGAGGAGGGCAAUACUCUUUACAGGAUCAUUGGGGGGCCCCAAUUUGGCCAAAUCAAGGUCAAUCAAAAGCCUGUGAGUGAAUUUUCACAGAAGCAAGUGGACGAUGGAGAAGUUAUGUUUACCUUCACUGAUUUUGCCUCCUCUGAGGAUGAAUUCCAGUUCCUUGCCACAUCAGGAGCGGUCAAUAUAUCAGGUGUGGUGAGUGUUGCAGUUAAGGCCUUGGUCAAAAUGAAACAGGAUGCCCUCUGGCCAGGAGGAACCACAAUUCAGCUGGACACCAGCAUCCUUGAUGCGAGCGAGUUGGCCAAUAAGACAAAGAGUAAUCCAGAGUUCAAAAUCCUCCAGGCUCCCCAAAGAAGCCAAUUUGUUAAAUUAUCUAGAGACCAAACAAACCAACUUGUCCCAAUUGAUACCUUCACUCAGCAUGAUCUCGAGCAAGGGCUGGUUGGCUUAGAAAUCUUGGGGAUGGAAGACUCUGAGGAAAACCGAAAGCAUGAUGAAUUCCUGUUUGAGUUGGUGGCUCAGGGAGUUCCCCCUGCUUUGGAAUCUAUGGGGUAUACAACCGAGGCCUUCAACUCCUCAGCACCCUAUGGAGUUACGCUGCUCAGAGCACCAAAUCUUGAAGAAGAGGAACUCAACACCACACCCCAAAGCAUAACCCUUUCUCCCCAGACAUUACCUACCAGUCUGCCUCAGACUGAAAAUCCCAGCCAAAAUCCCAGCGAGCUGCCGGCUCAUCCAACAGCAUGGCCUGGUCAAGGGAUGACAACAUUGCCUCCUCCAGCGGAAAGGGGCACACUCCUCGGUUUCAUUGAAGCCAACAUGUUCAGCAUCAUCUUGCCCAUCUGCCUCAUCCUUUUGCUCCUGGCCUUGAUCCUGCCCUUGCUCUUCUACCUCCACAAGCGGAACAAGACGGGGAAGCACAACGUCCAAGGGACGCCCCCCAAAUACAAGAACGGGACAGUGGUUGACCAGGAGACCUUCCGGAAGACCGACCCUAACCAAGGCAUUCCUUUGUCGACAGUCAGCACACUGGAGGCCAAAGAAGCGGGACUCAACUCAAAAGGUGUAGGGCCAGGAGGACAGCAGGACCCAGAACUUCUCCAGUAUUGUAGGACAUCCAACCCAGCCUUAAAGAACAGCCAAUACUGGGUCUGAGGGUUGUUACAGAGACUAAACAGUGUGACUGUCUCCAGGUAGAGGGGUCCAAGGGUCCUUAUGCCUCUUCCGUCUUCUCCUUGUCCUCCUCUUUGUUGAUGCAUACAAGAGACAGUCAAUGCAAUACAAGGAAGUCCAUGUAUGGGCUUAACUCUUCCAGGAUUAUCCCAAUUACAGUGGGCCCUUGGUAACAGCUGGGAUUUGGUUCCAGGACCCCCAUGGGUACCAAAAUCCAUGGAUGCUUGAGUCGCA